AUGAAAGUUGGUGCCUCACAAUAUUUCUCAAUGGAGUGGCCUUUAGUGAGGUCUUUACUGUGGGUUUUAGUACUUGUUGCUUACAUUCAUGAGCUAAGAGCUUGCAUUGAGGAAGAGAGGAUGGGUCUGCUAGAAUUGAAGGCAUAUCUGAAAUCCAAUACUAAUUAUACAGAACCCCUUCUUCCAUCAUGGGUUUACGACCUAAAGAGUGAGUGUUGUAACUGGGAGCGGGUCAAAUGUAAUAACACCACUGGCUACGUUAUCAAGCUUUGGCUCUCCAAUAUAAACCAUGAAACUCACGUCUAUGCUGAUAAUGAAAAUUGGUUCUUGAACGAGUCCUUGUUGCAGCCUUUCAAGGAGUUAAGAAUUCUUGAUUUAUCUCGCAAUGGAAUUCGUGGUUGGCAAGGAAAUAAAGGUAUGUGA